AUGAAAGUUUCAAAACGCCGAUUUUUACUUUUUCUAUAUUUCGUUUCCGCUCAGGAAUGCGGAUCAAGACUGACAGAGCCUGUUGGAUUCAUUCAAUCGCCGAAUUAUCCGACUCCCUAUCCGAAUAAUUUCCAAUGCAGCUGGAUUAUUGGAGCUUCUCCUACAGAUACUGUAACAAUCAGCGCGGAAGGAUUCAACGUCGAGCCUGCUCAAGGAUGUCUCUUUGAUUAUGUAGAGUUGCAGACUUCGACAUUUACAGAACGAUACUGUGGCCGGACAUCCCGAAACUUUGGCGAAAAUAGAAGCGGGCAAUUGACAACAACUGGCUCCGUUCAGAUCGUUUUCCAAAGUGACGCUGGGGAUGCAUACCUCGGCUUUCGACUUCGAUACGAAAUCACCUCUGGCGAAACACUUGGAGUCGGAGACGAUGAUUUUUCAUGCCAAUGCGUUCCUGGCUUUGUGGGCCCGUUUUGCGAAACGAAUGAAGAUAACUGCCGUAUAAAUUUGUGCGAAAAUGGGGGCCAAUGCAUUGAUAGAUUGAACAAUUUUGACUGUAUCUGCCCCGCUGGUUUUUCUGGUCCUCGCUGCCAAACAAUCCGCGACCCGUGUCAGCCCAACCCUUGCCGAAACGGAGGCGCAUGCGAAUCCCGUCAACUCGAGUUCACCUGCUUCUGCCUUGGCUGGGAAGGAUUCCUCUGCGACCAGCCUAUUUCUGAAGAAUCUGAAGACACUUCUAGCAGCAUCAGUUCCAGCUUUUCCAACGAAACAUCUCAGAACACGACGAAUAACAAUUCAUCAUCUGGAUUCAGCAAAUCUGUGAUUGUCUACGGCGCUGCUGGAGGUGGCGGGAUCAUUGUUCUCGGCGCUAUUGCUGCUGCCGCGUAUUUUUGGAAAAAGAAAAAAACGUCUUCCAAAAACUGGGUGCAGCCAGUCAACACACUCCCAAAAACCAUCAUCGAAGACGUCGAAGCCCCUCCAGUUGCUGAUGCAGAAUUGAAGCGCGGCGUAAAUCUGCUCACUUCAAAGACAACAACUCACGCUAAAACGUCCAUGCCUCGCUCAACAAUCGACUUUGGCCAGUUUUCCGAGCAUCUGUAA